AUGUUCUGCAGCCUCAGCGUGCAGAGUGCUGCCCUUUGCCCUGCAGAUGUUGCAGUGGAGUUCCUGAGGGCCCACUGGGGUGAUGCCAGGGAUUUGUGGAGGAAAUGGGCUGACUUGGGCGAUGAUAACUGCAUAGGACGAUUUGCUGGCCAUGGGAUUAGAACCCUUGCGGAAAAGCUGGUAGAGGAUUCUAAGAUUACGGUCAAGUUAGCGACCGAAGUGGACAACCUGGAAGCUCUUUUGAGUAUUUAUGAUUAUGUGGUGGUGGCCACAGAAGCGCCCACUGCCGCUAGGCUACUUGAAAGUGUCGAUGCUGAGAGGGCUGCUCUGUUGAAGCGGUUGAAGCACGAGCGUAGUGUGGUCUGGAUGCACAGAGACCUCCGCAUGCCCCCCGACCUGACCAACACUUCAUGGCAUUCUGGACUUAAUCUCUUCAUCGCUUCAUCUGCUGCUGCCAAUUGGAAAUUGCUAGGCACUACUGAGCCGAUCAACGCAUAUGUAUCAGUGUAUCUACCAUCAUGCGACGCCGAACUGAAGAGUGAGACAGAAAGCAGAGGGAAGGAUGUGGUAAUCCAGACGUGGGCACCACUUGGGUUGGUGUCACCAGAGCCUAAAGAGCUCCUUCACAAGGCGUCCUACUUCACUCGUCCUGUUCUUACAACAGACUACUUCAACAUAAUAUCUAACUUGGUUAAGUCCCACGGGCGACAUAGAGCAUAUCUAGCAGGCAGCUAUAGUUAUGCUGGCAAUAGGAAGAUACCUCUCUUGGAGAAUGCUAUGCUAUCGGUACGAUUCUUGCGAGUUCUCUGGAGCCUACGAAACGCUAGGUUUUAAGAUCGCUUUUUCCGCUGCCGUUCCCGUCGUGCUGAAAUGCAUUCGCUCAGAAUUAAAAACAUAGGAUUUUGGAAUUUGAGUAUGUUAUAGAUAGUCAACCCAUCGUGCAUUCUCAACGUAGUGUGCCUAGAGACUGCUGUCUUACAGGGCAUAUAUAAAAUUUUAAGCGUAAUCGCAGUGUAGUUGGGAAUGAAGGAGUAGAAACUAUACAGAAAGAAAGAGAUUAUGAAGGGGAGCAGAAUGAUAGGUACAUUGCCGUAUCAGACUGUGAUGUAGUAAGAACAGGAGCGUUUGCAAGUUGGCCGUUUGAACGUUUUACCGCACUUCUUCGAGCAACGAUCACGUUGUGCUCUGCUAUUUAGUUAUAGAUCAGCGGCGGCCAAGAUCUUGGGCGUCACCGAGGACAAGCUUCUAAAUAGCACACUUGGCGUGUGAUAGCUCAUUGAUGAUGUUCACAU